AUGUGUUGUCAGAGCUGCGACAUUCUGGACCCGACCGGACAAUUCGUCUCGUACGCCGCCGUCCCCGGGGGUGUCUCUGUCGACUCAUGCAUCCAUGGUAUCAACCUGGCCCUCUGGUUCUUUAGUAAAGAAGCCAAGAUUAAGUCAGUCCAUGCCAUUGGCACUGCAGCGUGCCAUCCAGACUUGCGGCAGUACAACGAUAGUGACAAUGCGAUUGGCAUGAUGGAGUUCCACGGCGGUCGAAUGGUCUCGCUUUUUGCGUCCCGCACCAUGACCGCUGGUGCAGAUGACUCUACAGAGAUCAUCGGGACCAAGGGGAAGCUGGUGGUCAACAUGAUGCCGAGGGUGAACCACGUUCACGUUUACCAGUCUGGCGGGGUCUUGCAAGAGAUGCCACAGAAUUAUUGGGAGAGGUUCCAAGAUGCGUUUGUGACACAGGCCAACAGGUUUGACGAGACCGUGCUGGAUGACAAGCCGUCGUGGAUUGAGCUCGAAUCUGCGGUCGAAGUGGUCAAGAUUGGUGUUGCUUUGCAGGAGUCUAUGGUGACGGGGGAAAAGAUCUGGUUUGAUGAGCAAGGUCAACAGGUGAACAAGGCCCAGCUGUAG